AAAAAUAAGCGAAACACACAGUACAGAUAAUUAACUGACUCAGCAUGUUGUUUUAAAAUGAAAUUCUAUAUAAAACCCCACAUUUGAAGUGAGCCCGCACAUUGUGGAAACGAACACGCUGAUGAGAAGAACAUGAAGUUGCUUGUGAUAUUUGCCGCAGCGCUGCUUGGCGUGCAAGCAGUUCGAGUGCCGUAUGUAGUCACCGAUGCCAAUGGAGAGAAAUAUCAAAUACUUCUGCCACAAAGUCGCCAAGGUCCCGUGUAUAAUCAUCCCGCCUUCGACUACAAACCGAAUGAUUACGAAAUGUAUUUAUCGCCGCUGGAUGAGGAGGAAGUGAAUUUGCAGCCGAGUGACCGUGAUUUGCGCAAACGUCCAGUGUAUGAUUACAGCGCUGAAGACUAUCACUGGCCGCAAUACAGGCAAGUUGAUGUUAGUGCAGCACGACGCGCCGAUUCGGCUAAGCAAUCAGACUCGGAUUCCAGUGAAGAGGACGAAAGUAGACAGGAAAGACGUGGCAAUGCACGCCGUAAGCAAACAUACGGCUCGGGUUCGAAUGAGAAUGAGGAUAGACGUGGCAAUGCACGCCGCCAGCAAACAUAUGGCUCCGGCUCGAAUGAGAAUGAGGAGAGACGUGCCAAUGCACGGCGCCAGCAAACAUAUGGUUCGGAUUCGAACGAGAAUGACGAGGAUGAAGAUGAUGAAUACAGCUUAAUUUUACCGCAUGCCUUGCAAGAGCCAGUACAUGUGCCUGGGUUAGGUAUGGUUAGUCAAGCACCUAAAAAGGUUAAGGUUAAAGUGCCAUACUACGCAGAUGCAUUCCUGCGACAACAGAUAAUCGAGCAAUACUUGGCUGCGCAAGGUUUGAAUCCAGAAGGUUUCGAUGUGCGUGGUUUAGUAGCACGCGGCGUACACGCUGAUGAGCCGCGCGAACACGGUUGGGAUCUGCAAUAUUCAGAUAACCAACAAUCGAAAGCCAGAAAGUUUAGACGUCCAAUUAAUUUGCAGCAACUCAUGUAUGUAACAGUGCCGGAACGUAAACGCCGACAAGCUAUAGACGUGAGCAAUACAGCAAAUCCAAACGAUAUCACCACAGUACCUGAUGUAACCGAGAUAAGUACAAUCGCCGAAGCAACUACAAACACGGAAUUACCGGAGGGUCUUACUGUAACUACAGUUGUACCAUUAGCACCUCCAACAACUUUACAAACAGUCACACUGCCAUCCACAUCCGUGACUACCAGUGAACCUACAAUCCUACUCCCAGCCGAGCCUGAACUACUUAUACCACUAUUCGGUUACGGUUCGAUAUUACCAGCUGAGGUCUCACGUGUACCUUUGGUGCCACGUAUACCGCUCGAUACAGCAGCAACCACUAGCAGCACGACUGAGCUCCCAUUGGAAGCAGUUUUGCCGGUCAAUACUGCAAAAGUAGGCGCUGUGGCAAAACACAUGAUCUCUACACAACUCUUACCGGUACACAGCCGUUCCGCACGCGCUGUGCCUUUCGAAGGAAAAGUGCGCACACAACUCACAAAGGUCACACCAGUGCCGCCAUUGCCAAAUACGGAAGUGCGUGGCCCGAAAAUGAGCGACUUGCCACAUGCGCGUACAAUGCGUGCUGUGCACGUGGCACCCCCGGUAACAGAGGUUAAUGCAGUCGUUGUGGAAGUGAAGACCGAAGGAACGAAAAUCAAUUGCGAUAUACAGUGCACUAAAUUUGAUUUGAACCCCGUUUGUGCGUUUAAUGGCGAGUGUUAUCACGAGUUCGCAAAUCAAUGCGCAAUGGAGACUUUCAUAUGCAAGCGUCCGGAUUUGGGUUUCACGGCAACGCCGAGGGAGCGUUGUGUUAUGCAUUGGCUCAAACGUUGCACCUCACAAGAUCUGAAGAUUGAAUAGUGUUUAUGCCGAGGAUUUGAUUAAGUGUUGGCGAUGGAAGUGGUUUUUUACGUACAUUCUUUUAUAUAUAAUACACUAUAUAUACUAUAAAUAUUUAAAUAAAUUAUCGAUUCGCAGAUACCUAGCUCAUAUUGAAUAUGUAAAUAGUAAAAUGUCUCAAUAAUUAAAGCUUCGAAAAUUUAA